AUCGACCCUUCAAAAUACAACAACAACAACGAGUAUGAAAAUUUUCAUUUUUUCCUGUCCAGAGCUCUGGUUGUUGGUCAGCACUAUUGUCUUCGUUAAGUUUCAAAUCCUAUCUUGAAGGUUUGUACAGAAGUUCGGUUGGAAAGUUUCCCAAAUAAACAUCGCCAUUUCUCGCAAAUUGUAACAAAUCAAUUACGCAAAUAGAAAAUGUCCUUUCGGCUCCUUACAACUCGGCUUUACAAACAUGGUCGAUUGCUGGUGCACAGUUUCUUCAAACGCGAUAUACACACCAGUAUCCUGGACAAAGGACGUAAUCGAGCGAUUCCCCGUGAGCUGAAAUCGGUCAGCACAGCGGGAGCUCCUAUCCAUCAAUUGCGCACAGGAAACAGUUUUUUCCGGAUCGGUAGCCAAGCCAGACGUUUAUUUGUUGAUAAUGUCCUGAAUCGUGUUACAAAUCCUUACUCCGCAGAACUCCGGGCUCAAGCGGCAAAACGAUUAAUGUUUGGGGAUUCUGCUCCUUUUUUCGCGCUAGUUGGAGUAAGUCUUGCGUCUGGCGAUGGAGUCCUAACGAAAGAUGAUGAAUUAGAAGCUGUUUGUUGGGAAAUAAGGAACGCAAUAACAUACUUUCAAACCAAAUCAAGCGAGCGUGAUAUUGAAAAACGAUUAGACGAAGAGUUGGGUCUUAAUCAAAUAGACAUUGGCCCACCUUUGGCCAAAGGUUGUUCAGCAGUAGUAUAUGCGGCCGCAUUGAAAGACCAAGAUAAUAAUGACCCAAUUCCAGCGCAUUCACAAAAAGAAGAUGAUUUUAAGUUCAUACCCCAAACCAGACAAAUGAGCCAAAGUCCAAAUACUAAUCUGUUCGCUCAAGGUAUCGGGGGCAGUGUUGAUAAUCUUCAAGCACAUUUCAAUAAAUCGAAUAAUCUGCAACACAAUCUGUAUGAAGUGGCGUUCAACGACUUUCAAAAGAGUGCUUCAGGGGCCAGAGGAGAGCAGAGAGAUGCAAACAUUUCAAACAAAAGGCGAGUUCGUUUUGAUAGUGAAUCUGUAAUUCUAGAGCGGUCCCGUUUACUAUCGGAUGCAAUUGACAGCUAUAAUGAUAUUCAAUAUAUGGAAUCUGAUUUAAUGGAGAAGCUCCACGAGUACAACAUGGAUGCCUCACUGGAAGAAUAUCCGUUGGCGCUGAAAAUGAUGUUCAACUAUGAUAUUCAGAGCAAUGCAAUGUCGAUCCUUAAAGCCAUGUAUAAAGAAACCGUUCCAGCAAAAUCGCGCAAUAUUUCCGAAAUGGAUACUUGGGAGAAAAGAUUGAUGGAUCAAACAGCAUUUCUGCCCCCUCAUCCGAAUAUAGUAGAAAUGUACGGUGUUUUCUGCGAUCAAGUUCCAGACUUACAAAUGGCAUCUACACUUUACCCAAUGGCUCUUCCUCCUAGGCUCAACCCAUCAGGGUAUGGUCGCAAUAUGAGCCUGUUUUUAUUGAUGAAGAGAUACAAUUGUAGUUUGCAAGACUAUCUUACUCAAACAACUACAAUGGAUAUGCGCACGCGGAUUUUAUUGUUCACCCAGCUGCUCGAAGCAGUUGCCCACAUGAACCGCUAUGGAGUGGCCCAUCGAGACCUAAAGAGUGAUAAUAUCUUGAUUGAGCUUCGACAGGACAUGCCGCCGUCUCUGGUUCUUUCGGACUUUGGCUGUUGUAUCGCUGAUAAAACAAACGGCCUUCAAAUUCCGUAUACAUCGCAAGAAAUGGAUAAAGGCGGAAAUACCGCAUUGAUGGCACCUGAGAUUAUCACCAAACAACCGGGGACUUUCUCAGUCUUAGAUUACAAUAAAGCAGAUCUCUGGGCUUGCGGCACAAUUGCAUAUGAAAUUUUCGGUUCAACAAACCCAUUUUAUGGGAACAAGCAGGAUAACAAAACAGCGUUGAAAAGUUCAGAUUACAAAGAAACCGAUCUGCCGGAUUUGAGUGAUAACGUUCCAAAUAUAGUCAAAUUGUUGGUCGAAAACAUACUGUGCCGCAAUCCAAACAAGCGCCUCAGUGCUGAUGUAGCAGCAAACGUAAUGCAGCUUUAUUUGUGGUGUCCGUCUUCUUGGCUGAAAAACUUCACUCCUUCCAGUAACGACAUUCUUCAGUGGCUGCUUAGCUUGACGACCAAAAUUCUCUGCGAAGGUCGUUUGCAAGUUGGCACUGGCACAAUGGGUCGCCGCACUUAUCCUGAGUAUCUGUUAAUAUCGAGCUUCUUGGCUCGAGCCAAUAUUAGGCGGAUAAAACGUGCCCUUGAAUGGAUUUACAGUACACAGGACUAAGCAAAAUACGAGCAGGUCACUGGGAUAUCCACAUGUUUUUGUAUAAUUUUGCGAGCUUUAAAAUGAACAUAUUUGAGAGCAUUGUGGCUACACAAACUAUGUUUCAACCAAUUGUGAUUGUCUUCAAUAAGCAGUGCGAUAUUACGUGAUUUAUUUAUUGUAUUUAAACUGCAUUGAAAUAAAAAAAUAUAUAAACCUUUAAUUGGUAUCGAAA